CGCCGCCCCCUCCUCGCUGCUGCCGAAUUGACGAUGCCGCACCCGCGGAUCGAUGGGGGCCGCGCGCACUUCAAGGCCGCCGCGUGCUGACGCGGACGCGGCGUCUCCCUGACGGCCGGGCCCCACCUCACCGCUUUAUAAGCGACCCGCACGCUGCCUCUUUUCCCUCCCCCUCCCUCCGUCUCUUCUUACUCCUCGGCUCUCGUAGCGGAAGCCGGAAGCCGCAGCCGGCGGCAGCGGGCGGCGACGACGAACCCUAGCCUACAGCCUAGCCUCAGGGGCCCCGAGUGACCGACCACCCGAGCGGGCGAGGUUGGUUGGCUGGCCGUUCGAUUCGAUGGCGGUGGCGUCGCGGCUGGCGGUCGCGCGGGUGUCGCCGGACGGCGCGGCCGCGGGGAGGAGGCGGGGGCGCCCGACGGGGUUCGCGGCGGUCGGGCUCCCGGCGGCCGCCGCCAGGAGAGGGAGGAGGCGCGGCGGGGCCGUGGCGGCGAGCCCGCCGACGGAGGAGGCCGUGCAGAUGACGGAGCCCCUCACCAAGGAUGACCUCGUCGCGUACCUGGCCUCCGGGUGCAAGCCCAAGGAGAAUUGGAGAAUUGGAACGGAGCAUGAGAAGUUUGGUUUUGAAGUUGACACAUUACGCCCUAUAAACUACAAUCAGAUUCGUGACAUACUGAAUGGGCUCGCUGAGAGAUUUUCUUGGGACAAGAUAAUGGAAGAAAACAAUGUUAUCGGCCUGAAGCAGGGAAAGCAAAGCAUCUCUCUAGAACCUGGUGGCCAAUUUGAACUUAGUGGUGCUCCCCUUGAAACAUUACAUCAGACUUGCGCUGAGGUCAAUUCACAUCUUUAUCAGGUCAAAGCAGUUGGAGAGGAAAUGGGAAUAGGAUUUCUUGGACUUGGCUUUCAGCCAAAAUGGGCACUGAGUGAUAUACCAAUAAUGCCAAAGGGAAGAUACGAAAUAAUGAGGAAUUACAUGCCUAAAGUUGGUACUCUUGGCCAUGAUAUGAUGUUUCGGACAUGUACUGUGCAGGUUAAUCUUGACUUCAGUUCAGAACAGGAUAUGAUAAGGAAAUUUCGUGCUGGCCUCGCCUUGCAGCCUAUUGCAACAGCGAUAUUUGCCAAUUCUCCCUUUAAAGAAGGAAAGCCAAAUGGAUUUCUCAGCUUAAGGAGCCAUAUCUGGACAGAUACUGAUAACAACCGUGCAGGAAUGCUCCCUUUUGUUUUUGAUGACUCAUUUGGAUUUGAGCAAUAUGUGGAUUAUGCAUUGGAUGUCCCAAUGUAUUUUGUGUAUCGAAAUAAGAAGUAUAUUGACUGCACCGGAAUGUCAUUUCGGGAUUUUAUGCAAGGAAAGCUUCCACAAGUUCCUGGGGAGUUGCCUACUCUUAAUGAUUGGGAGAACCAUCUAACAACAAUUUUUCCCGAGGUUAGGUUAAAGAGAUACCUUGAGAUGAGAGGUGCUGAUGGUGGCCCGUGGAGGAGAUUGUGUGCUUUGCCUGCAUUUUGGGUUGGGCUGUUAUACGAUGAGGAAUCAUUACAAAGCAUUUUGGACAUGACUUUUGAUUGGACAAAGGAGGAACGAGAGAUGCUAAGACGGAAGGUACCGGUGACUGGUUUUAAGACACCAUUUCGUGAUGGAUAUGUAAGACAUUUAGCUGAAGAAGUUCUAACAUUGGCUAAGAAUGGAUUAGAAAGAAGAGGGUACAAGGAGGUUGGUUUCUUGAGAGAGGUUGAGCAAGUGGUGAGCACAGGAGUGACACCUGCCGAGAGGCUUCUGAAUCUAUACGAGACCAAGUGGCAACGCAACGUGGACCAUGUUUUCCAGCACUUGCUAUACUGAUGACUUGACGAUCGCUGGACAGAGCUUGUAGAUGCGCUCUGUGAUUUUGAUACACAAUCUCGUCUUGAUCCAUUCAACGCCUGGAACUGUAAGUCUCAGCUCAGGCUCAGCUUUGUGACUCGUUGACGGGGGAAAACCGCCAACUGACCCGGCGCUGUGGCCACAAAUAAUUUCGCGAGCGACCACUAUGUUUUGACUUCACCCCCAGUCUCCAGUGAGAUGGAACAAACCACUGUUUGUACCGGCCCUUUUGCUCUGAGGUCAAAAUGUUGUACGAAAAAUAACAAGCCCAUCCUCUGCACGAUGGCAACAGUUUGUUUCUUCCUUGAUUGCUGGGAUGUUUGUGCCGGGUUUACUACAUGAUAAUUGCAUCGACGAUGAAUAAACUGAUGGUUUGAUCUGUGGAUUCUGAA